GACUUCUCUGUAAAAGACACAAACACACAAACACGACGGACUUCACUUGGAUAUUGUGGAUAAAUGGAUGAGGAACGGCAAUAUUUCUGGGGGAACCCCUCACGGAUACACUCACUCUGAAGCAUUUUGGAUCCUUCAAUGCCACCCGAGCCAUCUGGAACUGCGUUUAUGUGUGAACUGCAGGUCUGCAUGGGCCCAAUUUAAGCUCCUUCCAUAGGAACUGAGUCUAAAAUGAAGUUAUGGGAUGUUCUAGCUACGUGUUUGUUGCUCCUGAGCUCCGUAUCCGCUCGCCCUCUCUUCAACAAGCUGCAGCCUUCCAAGAGAGCUCCUCAAGCCGAGCGUCACAGUGAGCUUCUCGUCCUGGACCCAGUCAUAAACUCCCGUCUCGAAACAGCCAGUCUGAAACAAGCCUCCAUGGAAGAACAAUAUGACAUCAAUGGACUGCACCCAGACCAGUUUGAUGAUGUAAUGGACUUCAUUGCAGCGACCAUUGGCAGACUGCGGCGGUCUCCUGAGAUGGACUCUGAGGGCAGGGGGAAAGAAAAAGCGAGGCAUAGAGGAGCAGCAAACACAGACAGAGGAGCGAAAGGACGAGGAGAAAGGAAGAAAGGUCGAGCACGAGGUGGAGGCAGAGGGGGUAAAGGGAAUCGGGAUGAACUGAUCAAAGGUCAAGGGCGCGGGUGCCUUCUUAAAGAGAUCCACCUCAACGUGACGGACCUGGGGUUAGGUUACCGGACCAAAGAGGAGUUGAUAUUUAGGUACUGCAGUGGUCCCUGUUACGAUUCAGAGACCAACUACGACAAGAUCCUCAACAACCUCACCCAAAAUAAGAAGCUGGACAAAGAGUCACCUUCUCAGACCUGCUGUCGACCCAUAGCAUUCGAUGACGACCUCUCGUUCUUGGAUGACAGUUUGGAGUACCACACUCUAAAGAAGCAUUCCGCCAAGAAGUGCGCCUGCGUCUGAUUUGUGCGCUUGGGCAAGCGAAAAGACACUUGGACAAAAUACAGAAGUCUCGCACUCCAGAGGGCAUGAAGCCAGUGCAGAGACAAAUGCUGCUUCUCGGAGGAAAAGUGCAGGUCUCGAGUGUGUCAUUGUUUAUUCUGCACAGAGGGGUGCACAAUGAGAAUCGAAGGAGUAAGAUUUAAUGUCAGAAAAACUUCAGGAAAAGUACUUCAGCGACAGAAGCAACGCCUCAGUAUUCACUGUUACAAAACCAUGUCAGAGUAUUCUAAGCAGGGAUUGAAAUGUAAAUGCUGUCUAAGUGGCAACAAUAACAUACUCCAUCAGCAAGUCACAGAAAAAUCGCAACCCGCCAGUCUGGGUAUACACAAACUAUAACUUCGGCUGUGUGGAAGUCCUAGAGAUGGGUGCAAGGGGUGUCUGCAUGAAGGAGGCUGUGGACAGUACAGAAUUGUGGAUCUUUAUCUGAAGCCCUUCUGAAGAAAUAGCUGAAUAUGCCUAUGUGGACUAGGCAGAGCAUCCAUCUCACAACCCAGACUCAUCCCGCAGUCAGAACAGACUCGUCACAAAAAAUGUUUAAU